AUGACCCUCGUUCUGCUGCUGGCCGCCGUAUGCUGCACAAUUCCAGGAGCAUUUAGCGGUGGAUUCGGAGGAAUUGGAGGCGGCGGAUUCGGUGGUGGCGGCUACGGGGGAGGAUUAGGAUCAAGCUUUGGACCCGGCUUCGGCGCUGGUUUAGGAACGAGCUACAUAUCAGGAGGAAGCUAUGGUGGUGGCGGCGGCGGCGGAGGGGGCCAGGCUUAUGCGGUCGGACCAGCGUACAUAGUCAAGCCAGCGCACGUUGGUGGUGGAUUCGGCGGCGGCGGAUUCGGCGGUGCCAUCUCACCUGGCUACGGCGGAGGAAGCUACAGCCCCGGAAUCGUAUCUGGACUCGGUGUUGGCGGUGGUUACGGGGGAGGCCUCGAAAGUGGUGGUUUUGGAAGUCAUGCUGCCAGCUCUAAAAUUGUGGUCCUCAAGGGCAGCGGAGGUGGAGGGUAUGGCGGUGGUCUUGGUGGGGGAAUGGUGGGUUUUGGAGGAGGACACGGCUUCGGCGGCGGAAUGACAGGUGGAUGGUGGUAA